AUUGAAUUAAUUAUAUUGAAAUAAUAUGGAACCUACAGUAAAUCAAUUCUAAGCCAAUCCAGAGGAUUCAAAGGAAAAAGAAGCGGCCUAAAUCUCUAACAUAGUAGUCUUCGAGACAGUCGGCACUUUGUUGGUAAUUUAUGGAGCUUUAGCUGCUGAGUAAAUAUGAUAGCAAAAUUUAUGUAGAAAUAAUUUUGGAUUAUCUCUUGUCUAUUUCAUUAGUCUAACAUUGUUUGGUCGUCUAAGUGGAGGAUACUUCAAUCCGAUUUGCACAUUAGUUGGAUUCAUAGAUGGAGCUAUCACUAAAAAAAAGACUAUAUAUUAUAUUGGAUCUCAAAUUCUAGCAAGUCUGGUUGCAGGAAUGUUAUUUAUGCCUUUAUUCGCAAACAGUAAUCAUUUGCCUUAUUAUGAAUCGUAUUUAAUAUUAUCAAUUCUAGACUGCCUACUCACUAAGUCUUUGGAACAUUAAUGUCAGAAAUUGCAGGCUCGGUUAUAUUCUUUACAUUCGUAUAAAUUUAAACAGCAGAAAACACUAAAAUUACCACAACUUAAAUACAAUCAACAGCUUUCAUUAGUAUAAUAUAUUUUGUAGCAAGAUAGUAAGAAUUUGAUAACUACAUUAUAGGUAUACUGCCACCAUGGGCAAUAGUUUAUUUAAUCCUGCAGCUGCAUUUGGGUAAAUUUUUGAAUAAACAUAGACUGCAAUUGUUUUACGGUAUUUAUUAUGGUAGAUGGAGUCAGAUGAUUAACUUAUUAAUGUUUGUUAUGGGACCAUGGAUUGGAGCUCUUUUGGCGAUUACAUUCUAUUGGAAGAUCUAUACUCCAACAUUAAUAAGCAAAUCAUCUAGUUGAGAAUUAUAUUUGCUAAUUUUAUAU